AUGCUCUCUCUUACCACUCGUCUCUCUCAAGCUUCGCGCCUCGCACUUUGCCAAAUGCGAGGCGCUUUUGUUCGUACCUAUGCCUCUACAAGUUCAGAGUCAAUAACUAUCACACUCCCAGAGGAAUCUAUCACACCACACAAUAUUGAGCCACCGUCGCUCGAAGUGCAGGUGACGAAGGAAGAGGCA